AAAAGUCACUAGAGAAGGGGAAAUAUUUGAAUUUAUUGGGGUGACGAAAAGAUCCAAGGAAAAGUUCCAUUGCUAAUCUCUGAUGAAAAACACCAAGCAAGGGGCAUCAUUCUAACCACAACACACACCUGAAAAAUUCUGUUUAGAUCUACAAAUUAAGAGCGGACACCAGUAUUUUUCCCCCUUCUUUUGACUUCAAACUCAAGACUGAUUGUCUCAUAGUAGAAAAGCAUGACAUCUAUUUUAACUGACUCCAGUAAAUCCAUGAGGACUGAUGGGAAUACUUAUGUUGGAAAUAGGUUUGUCCAUGUCAAAAACCCUCACCUGGAUUCUAUGGAUGAAGACAUUCUUUACCACUUGGAUUUAGGAACAAAGACACAUAACUUUCCAGCCAUGUUUGGUGAUGUAAAGUUUGUCUGCAUUGGAGGGAGCCCCAACAGAAUGAAGGCUUUUGCGAUGUUUAUCCACAAAGAGCUCAGACUGAAGGGAAGUGAGGAAGACAUACAAGACAUUUGUGCUGGGACAGACAGAUACUGUAUGUACAAAACAGGCCCGGUGCUGUCUAUCAGUCAUGGCAUGGGCAUUCCUUCCAUUUCAAUUUUGUUGCAUGAACUCAUCAAACUCCUUCAUCAUGCAAAGUGUUGUGAUGUGACAAUCAUCCGCAUUGGCACAUCAGGGGGCAUAGGGAUUGAACCUGGCUCAGUUGUUAUAACAGACACAGCUGUAGACUCCUUCUUUAAACCCAGGUUUGAGCAGAUAAUCCUGGACACUGUAGUUACUCGAAGUACAGAACUGGACAAGGAAUUGGCAGAAGAAUUACUCAAUUGUAGCAAAGAAAUUCCAGACUUACCAACGCUUAUUGGGCAUACAAUGUGUACCUAUGAUUUCUAUGAAGGACAAGGACGUAUGGAUGGAGCAUUGUGCUCUUUUUCCAAAGAAAAAAAGCUUGAUUACUUACAAAGAGCUUAUAAGGCCGGCAUCAGGAAUAUCGAAAUGGAGUCCACUGUAUUUGCCGCCAUGUGUGGACUUUGCGGGCUAAAAGCUGCUGUUGUCUGUGUUACCCUUCUCAACAGACUGGAAUGUGACCAGAUCAACUCUCCCCAUGAAGUCCUCCUAGAAUAUCAGCAACGCCCCCAGAAACUGAUCUCAGUCUUUAUCAAAAAACGCCUUGGACGACAGAACUCAAAGUAAUUUGCAGGCAGCUAAGCUAUCUAUCCCUCUGCACCUUCAAUUACAUGCAAAUUCCAUUUUUGAUGCAAGCUUAAAUAUGGCAGCCCCAAUGAAACUAAUGACAUGUUCAUUUGUGAUUUUUGGCCUUGGUACAGAGCCCAAAUCAAGCUCACACUGAAAUAAAUACACCAGCCAUUUUGUAGAUAUGAUUACCAGUCAAUCUAGUUCUGAAACCCAUCCAGACCUUCAUGUUAGAACACUGUCAGACCAUCUUAAGAUUUGGACAAGUUUCAGCAGUUGAACAUACACAUUCAAAAUAUUUACCUCCCAAAUGUCAGUUUAAUAUGGAUCUACAUGGAAAAAUCAUUCCAGGGAAAUGGGUCACACUUCACUUUGUUUCCAUCUGCAGGAUUUUAGCAAAUUAGAGAAUGAGAAUGCAAAACCUAGGUAGUUAUUUUUAUAUAAGUGAUUUUAUUUCAAAACAAAGGUAGUUUCAGUUCCAUAUUUAUUUCUGAGAGAUAAAAGACUCAUUAAUGGGGUGGGCUGAGGUGAGGGAAUAUUUAUGUUUAUAAAGGUAAACUAUCUUUUAGCAUUGGUAGUUUGUAGGAUUGAUGUUUUUAUUUCAUAGAAGAAUGACCAAUUUGACAAAGGAAUUUUUGAAAUGGGUGUUAGAGUUGCACCUUUUGGAGAAUAUUCUAGCAGAUUUUUCUCAGCAUCUACAUGAUCUACAUGAUAGUUGGCUUGGCCCUCUGAGAGGCACCAUACCCCUUUCAGGCUGCUCAGUGCACUGGAAUAAUUGUCUAAGCCUUUGGCUCUUUUCCAAGGCUGACAAAAUACAAGAAGGGGACAAGGUGAUUGGGGACAUCAUGGGGGAGGGUAGAGUGGUUGGAUUAUAGAACAAGGAAGCGUGAUGUUUUGUAUAUACAUAAUUUGUACAUAUAUUUAUAUAUUUUAGGUCAAAUAAAGCUUUAAUUAUGAUCUCAUA